UGCAAUAGCCUGAAUUAGUGAAUAGGUAUGGAAGUGCCAGUAAAACUGGAACCCGUUGAAGAGUUUCAACUAGAUGUCAACUUCAAGGAAAUGAAAUUUUGCGUGCUUUGUCAGAAUACAAUUUCUGCCCGCUCUUACAGAUGCCUGUCAUCAAACACAAGCCAGGAGCAAUACAAGGCUGUGUUUAAACUGAUGCGCAUCCCGGACAUCAGUGGGUUUGCCUGUAAUAUAUGCAUAAACAAAUUCAACCGCGUUCUAAAGCUGAACAAGGACCUGGAAACUAGGAUAAUCAAAAUUAAAAAUGAACGAGAUAAGCUGAUAUCGACUCUGUUAGAUAUGCCGGGUGUGCAAUGUCUUGAGCGUCAGGUCCUUGAGAGGCCAUCACCUCCAUUAGAAACAGAGCGUCUGCUCGCCCCCAUUCCAGAAUUAGAGAAAACUAAGGAAGACUUGAUAGUAAGGCCCGAUUCUUCAAGCAAUGUCAUACUCUCCCCAAUUCCAGAAUUAGGAAAAACGAAGGAAGGAUCUUUAAAAACCGGCAUGUGCACUCUCAUGCCUAAAUUAGUAACAAACUUUAAGGAAAAGUCCCUAGUUAGGCCUGAUUCUUCAAGCAUAGGCAUGUGUACUCCAAUUCCCCAAUUAGGAACUAAUGUAGGAGUGUUGGUCAUUCCUGCGUCCCCAGUCAUCCCAAUAGUUGAACCUUCACAUUGUCCUGCCGUUGUCCAAAAGGUUGAUAAAAUUACUCAAACCAAAGACCAUACUGAAGAAUUUGAAGUCAAGGUAAUUGUUAAGUAUAAAGGAAUUGAGAGAUUAAAGAUCAUCAAAGAAGAGCAUCAACAGGCAGCCAUAAAAUCAAUGCUGAACAACGCCUCAACAAAGGCAGUGUUAAAAAAUUUCAGUCAGAAAGAGAACUGCAGAAAGGAAAUGCUGGGCAUAGUGAACAAUGUUAUAACAAGCGAAAUAAAGGAGAUCUCUAAAAGCGAUUGUGAACUUUUCAAAUUGUCAUUUGAUUGGCAUGAUUGGGAGCGCGAAAGUCAGCUCCUCCAACAAAAGGCGCCAUAUUUAUUUUCAGUGUUAAGCAAUGUCAUCUGUUUGCGGGAGAAGCAACAAAACCUACCUCCGAUGCUGACUGCCUUGGCGGUGCUCCUGUACGGUCGUUCUCAGAACAUGAACCAGCUACAGUACAAACUUGGAUUUAAUCUGCAGAAAUGUGGUUUGAACAGGGAGAGUUUGAAUUUUUUUCAUGACUUGGGAAUAUCAGUUUCCUAUGCAAGCCUUCAGAAGAAAACUAAAGAGCAUGGGAAGCAACAAGAACAUCAAUUCCAGUCACUGAUGUCAACCUGUAUAGAAGAAGUGAGAAGAUCACAGAGUGUGGAAAAUGAUGCAGAGGAUCAAACAUCUACCAAGACUGACAAAAGGAUUAGACCUAUGGAACUGCUAGUUAACAACUUUGGGAAGAGAACCAGAGACAGGAAUUUUGUAGACUUAUCUAAAAAACGCAAGAUAUGUGACAAAGUCAAGGCUAAAUCUAGAACUACCGAGGAAAAUGAACAGGGACGGAACAGAAUAGAUACACCCAAACCAUUGGAACCCGCGGACAGAAUUGUGGAAAGACUAGAUAAAGGACAAGACAAGAAUAACCUUGUUGUGGAGAUUUAUGGCUGUGCUGUUAAUGGGGUAAAUUGUGAAUUGCAGCAUCAACAACUGAAGAGUGAAAACGACUCGGAAUCUAGUUGUCAUGACAUCGUAGAGAGUGAAGGUGGCCAUUGUUCAAACCUUUCAGGAGAAACAAAUCCAGACAUUGGCCUAGAUAUGGAAGUUACCUCAGAACCAGAGGAACACCUCAGUAACCAUGGUUACUCGUAAACAACCAUCCCCAAUGAUUUGGAUACAACUGGACCAAAGUAUGUCUAACUUCCACUGUUGAUUUUGAUUG